AUGAACACACCCCUUCUAACGCAAUACACAGUCAUCGCAACCUCCGGUCCAUCAGCAACAUACCCACAGCGCGCCUACCGCAACCCACUAGACGCGCUGGUCAACUUUCUCGACACGAAACAUGGCACAAACUGGUGCAUCUGGGAGUUCCGCGCCGAAGGCACAGGAUACCCAGACUCAGAAGUCUACGGACGCAUCCACCACUUCCCCUGGCCAGACCACCACCCACCACCAUUCGCACAUAUUCCGAACAUAAUGGGCAGCAUGCGAAACUGGCUACAACGAUUAGACGAGGAACAAAAGUCAAACUCACCAGACACAGACAAAAACGAACGAGUCGCCGUCGUACACUGCAAAGCAGGCAAGGGGCGCAGCGGGACAAUCGCGUGCGCAUACCUGAUCAGUCAGGAGGGGUGGAAGAAGGAAGACGCGCUACAGCGGUUUACGGAUCGACGUAUGCGGGUCGGCUUUGGAAACGGUGUCAGCAUCCCCAGCCAGUUGCGGUAUGUCGGAUACAUCGAGAAAUGGGCCAACGAGAUGGGGAAGCAGUAUAUAGAGCGGCCGGUGGAGAUCCUGGAGAUCCACAUCUGGGGUUUGAGAGAUGGGGUUAAGGUUGCGGUAGAGGGGUAUGUGGAUGAGGGGAAGAAGAUUAAGUGUUUUCAUCUGUUCCAUCGGAAUGAACGUACCAUCGUUGAAGAUGGGGGCUCGACAUCUGAGGAUCAAGAUGCUGGCAAAGGGCACGGUAUCACCAUGACAAAUUCCAUCUCCAACCCCAAGAUCGAGAGGCCACUUCCUUCAUCUCCGACCUGGUCCCCGAUUUCGGGAUCUGACAUCUCCGGCUCAUCGUCCCCACAAGGCCACUGUGUCUCGGCAAUAAUUUUCAAACCCAACAAGCCAGUCAUUGUUCCCAGCUCGGAUGUGAACAUCGACUUUGAGCGCCGCAGUAAGGCAUCCUACACAGGCUUCGCGAUGGUAACCUCGAUCGCGCACGUCUGGUUCAAUUCCUACUUCGAGGGCGGAGCCGAGUAUGAUUCGGGUGUUUUCGAGACAGACUGGGAUGCGAUGGAUGGGAUCAAGGGGAGCGCAAGGAAGGGGAUUCGGGCGUUGGAUAAGCUGAAGGUUGUAUGGCGGUAUCCGGCGGCAGAGACCGUGGAAGCCAGUAUUGCUAGCAAAGCCAAGGGCAAAGGGAAGAAGAUUGAGGAAAGUGUGCCAGCAGCGGGGAGGCCGAUCAGCGAGCCCAAACCUGGUGAUCCCAUCCAUGAAAGCGAGCCGCCUGACUGGCAUGGACUGCCUCAGGGAGAUAAGAAGGAGAAUGUGCGUCCUUGUAGGAGUUCGUCACAGAGAAGCACUGCUGCUAGUAUAUCGGACAAGGCUAAGGAACUGGGGCAUGCGCUUGAGAAGGAACUUGGACUACGGAAGCAGAUGAGUGCUAGUCGGGAUGUCAGUCUUGCUGAAAGUGAUGAUGAGAUGACGACGACGACUACUGCUGAUGAUGAAGACCGGAAGGUCAAAGUCAAGCCAGUGCACUGUGAAGAGCUUGAGGGUGUGAAAACGAAUGAUGUGAGGGAUGGGGGGAAAUAG